AUUUUCCCAAUAUCAGUUACGCGAAUAGAGAGCGUAGUACACAAAUAUACAGUACGGCGCGCGGUAGUACGUACGUACGUACGUCCUUCUGGUGGAUAUAGGGAUUCGCAGUUGUGCAGUAAAAGGAGAUGAUUUUUUAUGGAUGUCGUGGAUAAUAAUUUAUGAUCGGUGAUAAGUGUUUUGUGUGGAUGUUGAUUGGAGAGAGUAGGGGCGGCGGCAGUGGUAGUGUCGUCGAAGAAGGAACAUCGACAACAGCAGUGUACGUAGGUAUCUCUGGUGGUGCGGCGUAAACAGCGUUAUAGUACUUUUUUUCGCUCUUACGAAGAAAAAAAAGGAAGAAAAUAUAAAUAAAAUAAAAUGGGCAUGAGUGUGGGGCGAUAUUUAAAAAGAAAUUCACGUAUAUCGUACGAGAAAAGUGUCAUAUAUUUGGUGAAUUGUGAAAAUUCUAACAGAAAAGUGACGUAAAGUUGUAAAAUAUAUAAAAAAAAAAAAAAAAAAAAAGAUAAGGAGAAAUAUACAUCUAUUCUUGUCCCUUGUGUAGUGUGGCACGUUAAGUGUACUCUCGCGGAACGAGACAUUAAUUAGCCAGUCGUUCGGGCCGCUAAAAAACGGGCAGGUGUUGACUCCCGAAAAAGCAGCAUCGAGUAACGCUAUUGGCUUCUUUAUAUCCCUGGAUAUAUGUAUACCACCACGAAUCGUGUGGACUGAGGCGAUCGCUGCUCUUUUGUGCCUGUCAGGAUGCAGCAGGGGUUAGUGGAGGGUCGGAGGAGAUCGCCGUGUGUUCCAGUGAUGUCGGUGGCGCGGCGCCCUGCACUGCUGGACCUGGAUCAUGGCCGGCAAGCCUGAAGAACCGAUCUCUCACCCUGUUCCCCCGAAUCGCGUCGUUUAUCAGCAGCAUCAACAGAAACUUAAUCACAGCAGUCAGCAGAAUCAGCAACAGCAUCAUCUUCAUCAUCAUCAUCCUCAUCAUCAUCCCCAUCAUCAGCAGCAACAGCAGCAGCAGCAGCAGCAUGUGCGUGAGAAUCGGGGAACGAAGCAGCGAGGGAUACAACAGAAUUUGCCUCGAAAUCGAGGAGUGUUCGUGUACGGUCCUAGUGAAAAGUUGCUUUAUCCGGGGACACUAGUAAACAACAAUGCUGAGGCGCUGGUCUCGAGUUGCGAAGGUUUUGGUGAGCAGAGAUCGUCGCCGGUGGGAGUGGAGCCGCAGGUCGGUUUCAACCACCAGAUUGACAAAGGACUCGGUAAAGCUUCGUCUCGGAGGAGCAAUUUUGCGGCGAGCGGUUCGUCGCGCGAGACCGAAGAGUCAGCGGAGAAUUGCGAGCUCGUCGAGUGCGCCGGAGGAGGAGGCGGAGUGGUGAGCGAAUCAAGGGUCGAAGAUGAAGAGGAACGGAAGCGGAGAGAGCGGCUCGCGUCCGUCGAGGAGGAGGCCGACGAGAGCCGUUACAGCAGGAAAGAAGAGGAUCGCGAGGAAGGAGCGAUCGCAGGUGCGAUAUCGAGCAACGUCGGAGAAAUCGACAGCGCUCGAUGUACCUUCCGCCUCGAGUGCUGCGACGAUGCGUCCGGACGCGCGCGCUCUUCUGCCGGGCAAAACGACGAGGACCUCUCGAGCCCCGGUUUGACCGUGCAACGAUCAAAUUCGCGCGUUUUGCUCGUUGGCAACGCUGGCGUUGCCUCGUCCCAAAACGAGGACAGUGACAAAGACUCGAGAGACUCCGAGACGACGAUGUUGCGGCAUGUCACCGCUGGACUGACGAGUUUAACUCGGGCGCAGCCUCCCAAUAUUCCCAAUAUUCUUCGUUACAACGAGCCCGUUCCUUCGAAUUCGUCCCUUUGCCACGAUCAUCCGCCCGUCCAACCUCCCGGCAAUCCCAGAUCUCUCUCAUCUUCCUCCGCUUCCUCUUCCUCGUCCUCUUCCUCUUCCUCGUACUCGUCCGCGUCGUCCUCUCCCUCGACGAACCCCACUUCGGUCUUUACCAACGAUCCAUAUCCCCGUGCAACCACCUACUCGAGGCGCAAUACCAGCUCCAAAGCGAAUCGCGUACCCAGCCUCGGCCUCGAUCAUAACGACCUCAUGAUCGAUAAACAAAAUAGCGAUUCUCUCAACGCCGACCUUAUUAGCACGCAAAUUCGACGCUGUCACUCCGCCACGUUGGACAUCGUCGAAUCAUCCUGCAUUAGCAAUAGUAGCAAUAGUAGUAAUAGCAGCGAAGCCAGCGGGCGAAGCAGCGCCAGCAUACUCGACGGUCCCAAUGAGUGUCAAGUUACGCUUUCCAGUGAUCCCCUCAACCCCAAUAUUUUCCCAGGACAACAACCUCCCCCACCAAGAUCCAUCAAUCAAAACGUCACACACCAAAAUCAUAACAACGCUACUUGUCUUGUCGCCAAUGAGACCGAUCCCAACCAUCGGCAUCAACAUCAACACCGCUCCCAACAAUACAACAAUCUCAAGCUUACGAGCAUCCCGGAACCACGCGGAUGGAAAAGGAUAUCCACCAAUAAUGUCAUUAUUUACAUCAGUCCGAGCAGCACGGCGCUGGGUUCGCUCAGUCAACUGAAGGAGUAUCUGACGACUCCGGGGACUUGCAAGUGUGGCCUCGAGUGCCCUUUUAGGCCGGAACGUGUCUUCAACUUCGACCCGAAGGUGGCGACACGUCCUUGGAGCCCGGAGCGAGGUAAAAGGCGAGAAAUGAACAAGCUCUGCAAUCACAAAAGGAAACUUUUGUCGACUACCGGUGCAGCGAGUCCGGUUGCAUCUUCGACCCCAAAUAUCCCGAUAUCUUCCUUCGAAGCCGCCACCCCGAUAUCAACAAUGCACGUGGGUUCUCCUUCGUCCAAUUCGACAGACUCGAUUGAACAAUCGAGAAAAGAUGGACUGAGCAAGAAGAAAAAGAGAAAAUUAGCAGCGACGGGGAAUAUUUACUCCGGCGUUUCUACUACACAACUCCCUAACCAGGCCAUCGAUCCAGCCACAGCUGAUUCAAUGCAAUCCUCGUUAACCUCCAAAAAUAAUCAGGUGUGGCAAUCGGGAAAUGCUUCGCCGCAGGUUGAUCGAACGAGCAACCGCGAGGCGAGUCACCGUUCGAUCGACAUUUGUAACCCGGUGAGCGUGCAAACGGGGGUUUGCGGUGUAGCGAAUUCUCAACAGAGGCUUAAUCAACAAAAUAUGACGAACGUAUUAAUGGGAAAUCCCCUGAUAAUAAAUCAGCGGGGUUUGCAUCGAGUGAACAAUGUGGCGCAGCAGCAGCAACAGCAGGAAUCGUCGUUUCAACAACAACAACAACAACAGCAGCAGCAACAGCAGAUGCAACUGCUUCAUUGUCAGCAACAGCAAAAUAUCGUAGCGAAUCAAUUGACCCAGCAGCAUUACGUCAAUCAUCAAUUGGAACAACAACCGCAGAUCAUUAAUAAUCAACAAAAAAUUCGCACCCUCCACAACAACGCGAAGGAGCAUAUUAUGCCGACGAAGCAGUGUGUAACGAUGGGUGAUCCGAACAAAAAUUUUCUUCAUCAAACGGAACUGCGACAAGUUCAGCAUCGUCAACCUCAACAGCACGUUUUACAGGCGGAUGCUCACGGCAGGUUUCAGAUCGAGAUCAAUCAUCAAGCUGGUCAAAUUUACGAGACGCAGCAAGCAUACUCGACCCAAAUGUCAGACGAUCGCAAUAUCGAAAGUACGAUGCAUCGGAAUAACAUGAGAGUGGAAUCUUGUCUCGACGGAGAGAAUGAUUUGGCGAGAAGGGGGGAUCUUUUGGAGCAGGUAUCUAUGAUCCCGAAUCAAUUGCCGUGUCACCAGAUCUUUCAAAAUGGUUUGUUGCCUCAAAAUAUAAACGAACAACUGGUACUAGGAACGAGACAAAGUUGUACCGAAAGAAGCAAGGUGACUUCGGAUCGUAAGAUUCCGCAGCAUCAGCAGUUGGAAAUAUGUCCCCAGGUGGGAAGAGCGUCCAACGAGAUUCGUAACAACGAGGCGUCUCAGCCGCAGCCGAAUUUGCCAGCGUGGCAACAACAUCAAAUGAGAAUGAAUCCCGGAAAUGUUUCGUCAUACAAAGCUCAGCCUGGCAAUUGUGCGCUCCCAGUUCCCGACGUUUCGUGCAACAGUUUCGAUCGCGUCCCACCUUUGCAUCACCACAUUCCCCAAGUUUUCGCUUGGACCGAAGAGUUGGCGAAGAAGAAAUCCAAGCCCGGUAAAGCGACCAAUAAGAAGCAACGACAGCAUCACAACCUCGUUGAAACGAGGUACGCGAUCGGCAUCGAAGCGCCAAGCUCGACCGACAAGUAUGACGACUCGAAGAAUCGCGUAGAUACCCAAAUAUCAUCGGUCGCUAACACCACCGGAAGUAGUCCGUCGUUUCUCGAGGAUCCGAGCGGUUAUCUCGCGCAGCAAACCGCGCUGUUGAAUAGCACGAUAUCGAGACAAACUGGCGUUGGCAGUUCGCGCAUCAACAAUAAUUUCCCAGCGAACAGCGUCGAACAAGUUGAAAAUCCUGACACAGUUAUUUGCAACGAAAGUGUAGAAAUUUACGUUCAGCAACAGCAGCAGCAUCAACAACAGAGGCCAUCAUCGCUUUCUGACUCGGUCAAGAAUCACGCGACUUCCCCGGUGCUCGUGCACAGCAGCAGCGUCCCUUCGAACUCGGACAAUUCCUUAUCAUUUUACAACCAGUCAGUUCGUGCCGAAAAGCCGGAUACCAGAUCCGCUUACAUCCAAGACCAGUACGUAGACGAGCGAGACGCAUAUCGAACCGAUCAGUCCGACGAUCCGGUCACAUCUUCGACCUUUGCGGAAAGAUUUACCUUCAACGAAGCUCAGCGUCAAGUCGAUCCGCGACCGAUACAGGGUGGAACGGUUAGCACGAGUUACGGUUCCCCAGCUGGCAGUAGCAGCAGCGGUGGGAGUUUGGCUAAUUCGGAAAGUCCACCGAGCUCGAAUUCAGCUCUUUCGCAACCUCCGACGCCUCGGAACUCGUCCGAGCCUUCGACUCCGCAAAGUUGUUAUUCCCAACCGACGACUCCCUACUCUUGCUCCACUUCGGCCAUUUCUUUACCGACUCCUCCCCUCGAGCCGAGGAGCCCUGGUUUUCACAACAAUUCUACGGCCACUUCUUUCGGUACUUGGAGCAAUAAGCCGGCCCACGGAGGGCUUCAGGAGCAAAAUAUUAGCGGUGCCGGAAAUCGCUAUCCAACGACGACCACCGUCUCGAGCAGCAUCUCACCGAGUCCGCCACCCGCUCCGUCGUCCUCGCAGACACAAAUGUCACUGUCAUCCGCCGAAAACGUGCCUUCCCAUCUCUCGGUGCAUACGAACCCGCAUCCGUCCCAAAAUCCGUUGGAGCUCUAUCAGCAGCAGCAACAACAACAACAACAACAGCAACAGCAGCACCAGCAACAACAGGAUCAUUCGAAUCAGCGAGAUCUCGUGAUUCAGCGCGGUGCUGUUGCCUCGAGCACCAUAGUUACUACGAUGGCGAGUGGGCACACCUUUAGUAGCAACACCAUAACGUCGGUUCUUGCCGGAAGAGCGAAUACUGCAACUGUAUCGAUCAACGCUUCCUCGUCGGUCAAUCCAAUUAUAUCAAACAUUGCGGGCCACGUCAAGAGCUCGCGAUCCCAGAGACAACAUCAUUCUAACAGCAUAAACAAUUUCACUACCGGAAUGAUAUUACCCACCUCAGCUAGCGGAGCCGGGAACGUCGCUAAUUCUUCGAUCACCCCAUCGAAUACCGGUCAUAAUACAAGUGUAUCAAAAUCACCGUUGGAGAUGGUCCAGAGUGUAGUGAGCAGCAUACAAGUGCCUAAAACGAGUACUGCUCCAGCGGUCCAACACAGUCAACAAAUGCAUCACAAUCAUCAUCACCAACACCAUCAUCAUCAUCAUCAUCACAAUCAGCAGCAACAGCAACAACAACAACAACAACAACAACAACAACAACAACAACAGCAACAGCAAUCGAAUAUUCAAGUUCACAACGUUCUCACGACUUCGGGAGGCGGCAUGCUUAAGCAAACAACGAAUACAGCGGCGGCCGCAGCAGCCGCAGCCGCUGCCGCUGCGGCGUCCUUCCCGCCUGGUCAUAUCCUCGUUUCGAGCGGUGGUCAGCUGAUAAUGGCAAGUACGGGGGGCUCGAACAUCAGUGGGGUAAUGCCACCCCCUCAAAAUCCAACGAAAAUGUUACAAAACGGUAACUCGAUGCCUCCGCUUUCGGUAUCUCCGAUCGUAACGAAUGUCAGCGCCGGUCAAGUGAUGCCACCGGUCGGUGUCGCCCAGCAAAUGAUCGGUCAGCCGACCGUAUUGGUUAAUACGAUACAAGCCCCGGUGCUGAUUCAACCUGGAGUAAUGACGAUGGACGGAAUCGGGCAGAACGUUCAAAUCCCCCAUCUAACGAUGGCCACUGGGAACGUAUUGCAGAACGCUCAUUCGAUUAUCGACGCUAAUCAACAAGAUGCGAACCGUAGCUCGAACUUGAUGAACAGACAGUCGAGCGGCAUCUUGUCGCCCGUCGAGUCGAGCAUGAACAAGAAAAAAGUGUAUAAAAAGCGGAAAAACAAUUCACAAACGAUCGCUUCGAUGCUGCAGAUUGCUUCGUCCCAACAGAAUUCAACUACGGGUAUGCUCCUCCAGUCCCAGUCGAAUUUCGCACAGCAAAACUUCCAGUCCGCGGGCCUCGGCGGAUCGAUGCUUCAAGCGUUGACCAUCGUUCCCGGCAAGGGCGGCGCGCCCGCUCAGCUCGUUAUGAACAGUCAAGCCGGAGGUGCCCAAGCUGCGCAAUUCAACACCCAACAAAUAAUCACCAAUUCACAACCUUCGCAGCAAAUAAAUUUGCUUCAACCGGUCAAUCUGUUGAACGGAACGACAGGAAUGAUGCAAAAUUUUCCGACCAUCCAACAGUUCAUCGUGCCCGGUCUCGGCAGCAUGGUCAUGUCGACCGACGGAACCGCGACCUUGUUACAGGACACCGGCAACCUUGGUAUGCAGCUCCAGAUACAAAACGUCAAUGGACAAAAUGUUUUGACACCCGUGCAGAGUCACAGCGCCGGCAUAUUCAGUCCGGGACAAGGAAUUCUCGCGACUGGACCUGCCGGUAUGGUUAUCCGCGCGCCCCAAGCGAACGGUGGAAAAAUAAUUCAGCAACACAGCACCGGAGCACAAUUCUUGUCCCCCAACGGUGGCCAGUUUCUCGUAAACGGUUCAACCUCGUUCGGUAAUCAACUGAGCCCGAUCGUCGCCAGUGUCAAUCCCAACCAGCAGAUUACUUUCAACGCUUCUCAGGUACGUCCUGCCCAAGGCCUCCAAGCACAGCAAGAAUUCAUACAAAUGAAUGGGCAAACGUUGAUGGUCCCUUGCGCAACAUCACAAAACAUAGCUGUAUCGUCGGCGGCGGCGGCUAAUCAACAAAAUACAACCUUCGUACAACAGAACACUACGAUAGUUCAACAACAGACUACCAUGGUAUCGAACAGCCAAAUAUCGGGCUUUCAAACUGCCCCUUCGCCGGUAAACAAUGCCAACAGAGUCGAGAGAUCCCCCAUAAACGUCGAUCUCAAUCAGUCGUACGUUGUCAAUUCCGCUAUUAUAAACAAAGCCAAAAAUCUUGGACAGUCCGCCGAGUCGGAUAUAAAUCAUCAACAGCAUCACCAACAAUUGCAACCACAUCAACAACAACAACAACCACAACAACAACAACAACAACAACAACAACAACAACAACAACAACAACAACAACAACAAAAGCAUCAGCAAAAGUCUCUCAAUAAUCAUAAUAAUAGUCAUAAUAAUAUUGUUAAUAAUAAUAGUAACGCUAAUACUAAUAAUAAUACAAAUAAUAAUAGUAAUGUUAAUAAUAAUCAUCACAAUCGUCACCAAGAUCAGACUCACGACAACGCUAAUCGACAACAGCAGCAACAGCAACACGUUCUCAGUAGUACGAGCGGAAACAAUGCAAAAAAUCUUCGAGUCACUGCGGGCUCAGUGAACCUCGCGAAAAAUCAAGCAGAACAGAUCGACGAUCAGCGAUACAAUCAACUGAUGGUCAGACAUUCCGUCUCAACGCAAACCGCCGUAGCAGCUGCAGCCGCUGCCAAUCAAAUUAACAACUCCAAACUCACCGGCCAAGGAGGCUCGCCCCCUGAUACGACCACGCACAGUCCUGGUAACAGUCAACGUUCCAAUAGUCCCGCCGUCGAUACGACUACGCAUGGAGCAGCUUCUCCCGCACCGCAACUCACUCAUCAUCGCCACUCUUCGUCCACACCGAUGGUUCAUUGCAUAACGAGUAGCGAGCCAGACUCGGCAGAUCUCCAGGCAAUGACGGACGAUUGGAGGAUGCAACAAAUGGUAACGAUGAAGGAGAUGAUAACACCGAGCCAAUCCGAUCGGCGAGUCCAGCCGCAGCAACAGCAGCACCAACAGCAACAACAUCAGCACGACGGACAAACGUACGUCGAGUCUACCGUGUCGACAGGGAUCCAGAUCUUUGCUUCGGAGACGUCGGAACAAACCGAGGGUGUGAUGAGCACGGUGAGGUGCGAGAGCCGGGGAAUCAAGCGAAAGCUCACCUCCGUACACAACAUGCACCCGAUUCUGCAUGAAGACCAGGAUGUAUCAGGCGUGGUUGAUGGCGAAGACGAAGAAGAAGAAGAAGAAGAUGAGGGCGCCGACAACGUGCGUGGCAAAAAUUGGAAACUUGAGGUUGGACAGCUCGUUUGGGGGGCAGCGCUCGGCAGUUCGGCGUGGCCAGGCAAAGUCGAAACUGUUGGUCCGCCCGGAAGUUUAACCGUUGGCGUACGCUGGUACGGAGCCGGAGCUGCCAGCGGUUUAACCCACGUUCAAAUCAAAACCCUCAAAUCUCUCUCCGAUGGCCUCGAAGCUCAUCAUCGGGCGCGCAAAAGAGUUAGGAAAAGUCGUAAAUUGAACAUGCAAUUGGAAAAUGCGAUUCAAGAGGCAAUGACGGAACUAGACAGAUAUAGCGAGAAGCCAUCGGGGGGGCGACGUCGGUGUCUUACUUCUUCGGUUAAAGCGCGGAAAGUAGUGAAAAAAGGAGGAAAUACGAAGAUUGUUGGGAAGGCGAUGCCGAUCAACAGCAGUAGCGGCAGCGGUGGCUCUCUGCGGAAUCGUGACGGCGCCGUCGAGCAGUCGUCUAAACGCACGUCAGCGAAGCAGCAUCAUCACGUUCGUUCAACGGAGUCGCCACCUGCCGCUAGGUCGUUUAAAAAACAGUGCAGGUGAUGGGACUCGGGGAAAAUCUCGAAAUAUAUUUUUCGGAUUCCCCUUUCGUCUCGUUAACUCGUCGCAAAGGAAAAUCAAAAUCAAAAGAAGAUAAACAAAAAAUAUACAAACUUUCAAAUGUUCAGAUAAAGAAAACAAAUGUUUACCCUGCCCCGGUCGAGACACCACCUCCCCCGUGUCAACAGCGGGAACCUCGGUGCGUUCUAAUAGGCCGUUACCCCGCGCGGGAUAGUUCCUUUUCCGACCGACAGGCGGCUCGCAAGUUGUGCACCAACAAUACGAUAGCUCGAAUCUAUCAUUAUUAUUUGUUGCGUUCAUUGUAUUAUUGACUGACGACGACAUCACUUCCAACGAGAAAGAAACAAACUAAUCAUAUUUGUAUAGUAUACAUUCGGACUCCGUAUUUACCUCGCACAACUAUUCUAAACACCAUUUUAAAGACGAUGAAACAAAUAAAAUAAAAAGUGAAGAAUAAAAAAUAAAAAAAAAAUAAAAAAUUUUUUUAAAAACGAACAAAUGUAAAUCAGUACUGUGGGCUAUUGAUGUUUUCCAAGUCUCUAACCGAUACGCUCUACGAGUAUACAUAUAUAGGCCUACAGCAUUUAUUAUUAUAACCGCAACAACUCAUCGACGUUAUUGGCUCUAGUUUUUUUCCACUUACGAGAUAUGUACGAGUCAAAAAUCAUGUCAUCAAAAUAUCUCCCUUAUCCCAUAUGUAUAAAUAUAUAUAUAUAUAUAAAUAUAUAUAUAAAGUAAAUACAUGUUCGCCCACAUAAACGUAAAAGUAAUCUACACGAAACACGAUAAAACAAAACCCGCCACGACGAAAGACUAAAAUUAUAUUUUUCUGAAGAAAGUAUCAAUCGGUAGUUCUGGGGGUUUGUUAUUCAACAAGAUUGACCGACGAUUACGCAUUUCUGACCAUCGCGAGUUCAGACUCACUCUUUUGUUUCCAAUCAAAUUUAUUUAUUCGUCGUAAGAUAUUUGUGACAAGUGGUUUACAGCAUUUGUGAUGCGACUUGAGCUCCAUUUCAUUUCGAACUUCGAGCAGUGUCGUGUUGACGAUGAAAGAAUAUUUGAGACGAGAACCAAAACUUUGGAAUAUUGUGAAAAAAAAAAGCGUUGUGUUCCGGUGAAGUUAUUCUUCGUAAAAGUUGUUCGCUGCCGGCAUGGUUAAUGUUUCAAAAAGUUGUUUUUUCCGGUAUGAUUAUUGUCUGGAAAAAUGUUGUUCGGUACGUUUGUGCUCUGGUUAAUUGUAAAUUUACGCUGAAAAGAUAUUAAGAAAUGAAGAAAAUUAUGGAAUUUCGAAGUGAAGAUUCGAAGCAUUUGCGAAUGGUGUAGUUCACUUAUAAAAUGAAUAUAUUAAAAAUUCAUAGUGAUUAAAAAGGAAGUGAGAGAGCGGCGGAGGAAUCCUUUUUAUCAUUCAUGUUACAAGAGAUUUUCCUCUUCAUCGAUUUUCGCGUUAGCUUUUCGAUUCUAACAAAGCCACGUUAGUUAUGAGUUCGAUCGAAAUCGGUUGCUUAUUACGCGCUGCUAAAUUUAUUAGUCAAAAAAGUAAAGGAAAAAAACAAAAAAAAACAAAGAAAAGUGAUGCGUGGCGCAAAAGUGCGUAGGCCAGAUAUAUAAAAAAAAAGAAAGAUAAAGCACACAUAUAUGAUGAAAGACGGACAAUAAAAAACGAUAUAUAUUACUAGCGAGCAUCAAAAGUAUCACUCGAUGGACGGAGAGCGGGCCCAUCAUCGGCAGGGUGUCAACUCGACCCGGGCUACCCUCUACUGUGCCAACUGUGCCGCUUAACUCGCUAUUGUUUAACUCUCCAAGCGUAGCAACUGUACCCUGUGCAAAGUGAACAACAAUCGACGAUUGUUGUUAGCCAUCAGCGAUUCGAAUUGUAUUGAAACAAGAACUCGCUUGUCUAAGAAAAAUGUUACAACAAAGUUUGCUGAUGCUGCGAUACUCGUUGGGCUGUUUAAUUUCUUCCUCUUUUCCAUCGUCACCUUCGUCAUCCGAUAAUCGGGCUCGGCGUUCUUUGUUUCUUGUGCGCUUGUUCGUGGUCGUUUCGUUGUUACUAGAGAUAUAAUACACAAGUUUUUGUUUCGAUCGUUCCGAUGGAGAUGGUUUUCUUGGAUUUUCCGACCGUUUAGUGCACCUUCAAAGCCCCUGUAGUACAUGUUCGCAACUUUUCAUCGGCCAGGAGGAUUUGGAAUUUCAUCCUUUGCUUUCCUGUGCUCGGCGAGUAUCGGAGCAUCGGCAAACUUCGUUGUAACAUUUUUCUUAGACGAGUGAGUUCUUGUUUCAAUACAAUUCGAAUCGCUGAUGGCUAACAACUGCUGAGACGCUGCGACUCCAUCACCAGGACUUGUUUCCAAUAUUUUACUGACAUCUUUGUGUCGGCACUGUCGUCGAUAGUCCAGAUACAAAACUCCAGAUACAGCCAGCUGCUGUUGACACGGUUGGGCGUUUUGCACAGGGCACAGUUGCUACGCUUGAAGAGUUGAACAAUAACGAGUUGCGCGGCACAGUUGACACAGUAGAGAGUAGCGCUGGGUCGAGCUGCCCCAUCAUCAACGAAGCCGAGGGGAUAAACAAAAUAAAGAGGCGUGGCGUGAUUGGGGAGUGACUUUGCCAGAGACGUGACCGGGUGCGCCGAGUUCCCGGAAGACUGUAGAAAUUCAAAGAAAAACAUUCAAAUGUAGACAUUAAUCAAAAAAAAAGAGAGAGAGAGCCGGUGUUGAGUCGCACGAGGGAGAGCCGGGCCAAGGAAUAUAUUAUUUUCUCUUUGCCGAGUGGUACUCUUUACCGAAAUAAUUCAAAUUCCCCGUAAUUAUCGACGCAGAAGGGCACGGCUUGAAGAGUUUUCCGCAAACUUUCAAACGCAGCACUCCAGAUGAAAACAAAAUUAAUAAAGAAAGAAAAUGGAAUAAUUUUGCGGUGUGCUUGGCCUAUAUAUACGUUGUGUUAGCUUCAUUAUUCUCAGUUACAUCUCCUUUCCCUUUCGUGUCCCCCGAGAAACAUUACUUCCCUAGGAAAUAUUAUUUGAACGUAAGAAACAAAUUGAAGAGAGCAACAACAAACUGGCGCGAUAAAACAAAUAUCCACACUUUUAUAGCAACAACAAGAGGCGGGGGGAAAAUAACGAAACAAAACAAAAAUAUAAAUGAAUGAAUAGUAUAAUUAUUGAUGUUGAUGACGCGAGGAUGCAUCGGUAAAAGAGACGUACAUAUAUAUGUAUAUUAUAUUCGACGAGUGAUUCGUUUUAUCGAUACGCAAUUAUACAUAUUAUAUAUCAACUGUCAGCGGUGUAACGAUUAAGAGAUGAUAAUUUUAUAUUUACACACAUAGAGAAGUUGAAUUUUUAUGAAUGUAUUAUACUACUAGUAUGUAUCUGGAAACAAGAAGAAACAACAACAACAACUAAAUAACGAAAAUGUCCUCGAACUUAUCCCCCCCCCCCCUCCCCCUCAUAUAUCAUGUCCUGCUCGAUUACGCGGAUCGUAAUCUGUGUAAUCUUGAAUAGCAUUUAGUUUAAUAAUUUAUAUAUAAAAUCUAUACAUUUAUAUUUAUAUAUGCACGUACGUGAAUCUUUGUAUGGAUGAAAAUAUCAAAAUAAUUGACGUGCUCGUGUUUACACGCGUAUAUAUAUAAAUAUAUGUGUAGACGAGGCGAGGAAAGAGGAGGUGUAGUAGAGAGCAUCAAAUGAAAGAUAGCGUCGAAGCUUCGCGGGCACGAUUUGUGUUUUGCGUUCGUCGAUGUAAACAUAAGAGACAGAAUAAAUGAGGAUAAAUAACAUUUAAUAAAAUACUAUAUACAAGUAUAAAAGCUAUGUGAUCCGUAACUAAUACUACUAGUAGCUUUUAGUUGUAAAGACUCGAAUCUUAUUUUGUAAAUUUUGUUUAUAAAAUAUUUGAUUGUUCACGCAUAAUACUAUUGUAUGUGAGAAUUAAUAAGUUAAUAAAUCAUUAUUACGUAACGUUA